AUGUGUGAUUACUGCUUAGAUACCUUAACAGAAAACCAAAAAUCUUUACUGGAAAAACAUUUAGAAAGUAUUGACCAGUCUGACUUCAGCUAUCAAAUCAAUAGCAGUUUCUUCAAAUACUUUGCUAGUAGACAGGGCAAAGACUUUAAACAUUAUCUCCAAAUUGCUGUUAUCAAUAUGGAAUAUGCCGGAUUACGUACAAAGUACAUUUUGGUGUUGGAAAAACUCGCAUUGAUUUCAAAGUAUAUUUUGCAAGGAUGUUGUGUGCAAAAAAUCAAAUCAGAGUUUGAAGGUUAUUUCCAAUUGAUACAGGAAAACGUACCAGAAAUCGGCACAAAAAGAAAGACCCAUCUUUGUGUUCAUUUGGCUGAUGACAUGGACAGACAUGGCCACUUACUCCAUUAUACAGAGGACAGUUUUGAAAAAAACCAUAAGACAAUAAGAAGCAGUAUCGCACACCAAAAUGGCCAUGCCAGGUCAAGGGAUACAGCCAGUCAGUUUGCCAACAAUGAGUUGAUGUCACAUGUGAUUGCUGGAGGAUUUUUUCUAAAUUCUACGAAAUGGAGUUGUGCUUCUGAUUUGGUGAUUAGCUAUGGGAAGGACGGCAAAUUAUUGAAGUUUUUAGGAAUGCCGAAUAACCAUGAUAAAGGAGCAGGACUUCUAAAAAACAUUGUCAAUAAAAAGAUGAGUGUUGAUGACCUAGUGUACAUAGAAGUACAAGUCCUACAGGCCAUUUUGAAUUGUGGUGGAAGUCCAAAUAUUAUUAGCAGCAAAGAUCUCACAGUGCAGGAGUUUUCAAAGGGCACAACCAAACUGGGCGAAAAUGCAAGAAUUGGAAGUUUCGUUUUAUACCUUGAUGAAGAAGAAAACGCUAAAAUUGGAAAAGUUACAAAAUUUCUGAGGUUGAUGUGGAAGGGAAAUUGUCACCCGGUUGUUUUUAUCCAGAAGGUGAUUCCAGUUCAUCAUAGUAAUCAAAGACUGCAAUAUGUAACUACAACCGAGACAACAUAUUUUGUAAAACUAGUUAAAUUGCAAUCAUUAAUUCACACAGUACAUGACUGUAAAGGAGGAAAUUGCCAUCUGAAGGAAGGAAAUGUAACCAAAAGAAUAGAACAGGAAUACAGAAGUGUCAAAAGAACAUACCUAAAACACUCUACACAGCAUAAUGUAUAUAUCAUCAACAAAUACAGAUUAACACAUUCUGUGGAUAAAUUUGUUUUUUUAAAUUUGGCUCUUUAGAACAACAUGCAGUACCAAAUCAGAAUUAAUUAUAAAAAAGAAGAUGUGGUAUGACUGCCAAAAGGACAACUCUUCACAAGAGACCAAGUGACACUGACAUUAACAACUGUAGGUCACCGUACAGCCUUCAACAAUGAGCAAAGUAAAUACCUUCAUGUACAGUCAUGUAUUGUGUGAAUAGGAUAUUAAAGAAUAAUGAAUGAAAAUAAAAAUGUAACACAUCAGCAAACGACAACCACUGAAUAACAGCUGUAUUUGAACUCCCCAUCUGAAAUCUGACAUAUAUAUUUGUAAGCUUUUUUUCCUUUAAUCGCAUUAAUUAUUUAUCCCAUUUUUCAGGUUGGGUUGUUUCAAUGAUCCUCCUUAUCACCCAGUAAUAUCCCUUUCAAAAUGCUGUAGGAAAGUUUUAUAUAAUAGUUUAUUAAGAAAAAUAUCUUGGAAACAAUCACAUUAGUCAUACUAGUGAUCAUCUUUUAACCCUUAAAACUGUAAUUGAUAAAGCAUUUAAAUAAAUAAUUAAGUAAAUAAUUAAUUUUAAGAAGUCAUUCAAAACUGUUAGCAGAGACUCUUCCGCAGAUUAACUUUUUAAGACUUAAACUGUCCCUCUUGUCAAUUUAACAGCAUUGGCUGAACUUGGUAUGUAUCCUGUUUUAAUAAAUAGAAGCCCUGAAAUUGUCUAUUGGCUUUUGGUUGCAUGUAAAAAUUGACUUUAAUUGUUUACUUAAGAGACAUAUAUAAUUAAAGUUUGCACAUGUUGCAAGUAGGCAGUGGGUUUGCAAUAACAAAUUAAGAGUCAUUAGCUUAAUUUUUUACAUGUUUUUUUGGAAAAUCAAAACAAUUUUUUAUAGACAGUAACUUCAGUCUAUUGUAUACAUGCAAUAUAUACUAUACUUAAUGAUAGAUAUUGGAAAUAUUGGAAAUAAAAUGUUUAUUGUUAUAUUGAUUCAAUUAUCUGUAAUAAGGUAAGAAUUCAUAGAUGAUUUAAGGUGGCUGUCCUUCUCCAUCUUGUAUUUUGAAGUAGCAGAUAACUAUUGAUCUAGAUCUUUAAUGAAAUGAGCAAAGUUUUAAAGUAGUAUGUAAUUUAUGUGUAAGACUUUUCAAUGUUAAUAUAGAAAAUUGUGUGUUUUAUUAUAUUUUGGGUGUAUUUUUUAUGAAAAAAAUACACCAACAUUAUGUUUGUUUGAUUCAUACUUUUUCAAUUUUGUCACACAAGGGGAGAUAACUCAGAUAAAGUGAUUCAUUAAAAUUGAAAGUGUUGUGCAUUUACCUAUGUUAAUAUGUAGCAAGAAAACAAGUCUGGUGACCCAAUUUUUUUCUUUUUAUUAUCUGAAAGCAUGUUAAUUAUUAGAGCUAUCCUCUCACAUCUUAUUUUAAAAUUCUGUAGUGUAGUUUUCUUUUCACAAGCAAUUGGAUUUUCCAUGCAUAAUCUGUACAAAAUCUGACAAUUUUUCAAAACCUGUUGUGUGAGUAUAUAAUGGACAAAAACAAAUAAACUACAUUUUGACAAAUUAUUAAAAAUUCCUAACAAUUUUAAUUAAGAUCACCCCCUUCCAAUCCAGCUUAAAAACAAUUACAAAUAAGAAUUUGCUACUGAAUUCAUUUCACAAUUAUAUGUACAAAAUGCAUUGAAAAUAGUUCUGUAUUUUAUAAAUGAGACUGAUAAAGUUGUAUUCAAAUUUGUAUAUUUUUGUACAAGGAUAAUUCUUGGUUUGAUUUGUAGAUAGAGAUGUUGAAAUAAUUAGAAUCAUUGUUAAAUCCAUUUGUAAUAUGUACAAAACUAGAAAUGCUUUGUUUUCAUAAUUAAUCAUUUUGUUGUAUAUGUACCUCAGAGUGAGACCACUAAAAACAUUAACAAAAUAUUAAUGUUAAAAAAGUAUCUUUUUUACCAUAAGAUUUUAAAGGGGAUAUAUAGUCAUACAUACAAGUGCUAGUAAAAAUAUUGUCCUGUGAAUGUGUUUAAAAUAUUCAUUGUGAAAUUUGGUUAGCAUUUGUGAAUUUUUGUAUUUCAAACCAGUAAAAUAUUUAUAUUCUUAUUCUAA